AUGCCCCCCGGAUAGGGACUGUACCCACCCCGGAUAGCGCCCUACCACUUAGAAUUGGGCGCCCGAAUAGCUACCAGGCCAGUGAGGCGCGGGUGGCUUAUCGCGCGCGAGUAAUUAGGGGGGAACCGUGGCGGGAAUGCACCUUUGAUAUAUGUACAACAAACAAUACCCCCUGUCCUGCCCCUGGGCUGCCAAGUCACCACAAAGAAAUGCGUUCACUAAUACUGCUUGCAGUUUGUUUGACGCAAGGAAUCGUGAAAAACGUUUUGUGACUGGCAGUCCCUGUAUGCGUGCACUUGUUUCAUAUCCUUUUUCGUCACCAUGCCCGAUAUCAUCAGGCAAGUCAGCGCCUCGCAUCAGCAUAAUAUAUCUGAGGCUGCUGGCCUUCAGUCACUUACUCUGGCUCAUCCAUCCCAGAAACCUAGACGUGCCAGACGUCGAUCAUUGUUGGCGCAAUGAUCACUGCUCGGAUCAUAGCUGCGGCAUGCCUUGUCUCCCUCACUGUCGCCGCUAACAUUCACUCGCCCAGCUUUCGGUUCGCCCAUCGAGAUACAUCAACAAACCGGACCUCUGAUACGGACUCACUGAAGACAUGGUGGCAUGACAAUGGCGAGGUCAACACCAAGACUGUGGUUCUUGACUCGAACGUCCGUCAAUCUCAUCUGUACUCGGUACAAGUGAGCACUGCUGACGCUGACGACUACUACGACUCCUUCGUAUAUGAGUCUAUCCCUCGCAGCGGGAAAGGCCAGAUCUGUUAUCCGGGAAACUACGAAGACAUAUGUCCAGAAUAUGACGGCAUCUCAAUCGAGGCCGAGGUUGGCAUCACCAUGGGCUGGACUCAAUUUCUCUACGGGAGCGACGUCAAGGUCAAGGUUACACGCAAAGACGGCUCACCCAUCAACUCUACAGACGAGGUGACCAUAAGACCGAGUAACCGAGCCUACGAGCUCACCACCGAUGACGGAUCUGUCUACGUUACUGUGCCGUAUACCCCUGAAACGAAUGGUGUUCGCUUUUCAAUCGAGUUUGCCGACGAUGUGUGGGAAUACCGCAAAGGAGAUACUGGCUACGACUAUGUUCAGAACCUGCUAUCUUCUGCAUUGGCAUUCGUCUCGACCUUCACGUCAUCAAAUCCGAUCGUUGGCAGAGAGCCUCGCAACUCCCUCCUCAUUUUCGCUAGCCCCUUUCCUACCGAUGACCUGAUACCAGCAGACAGUGAUGACGUCUACAACGCAACACCAGGAUGGGUCAACGGUCUUGAGUCCAUCGAACACAAGGUUGUAUCCUUCGGUCCUGGCGUGUACUAUUUCAACGGUGAUGGAUACGCUAAUCUUUCCCACACCGUCGAAUGGGUAUACUUCGCCCCUGGAUCAUACGUCAAAGGCGCCAUCCAAUACAACGCGCCAGACGUUGCGCUCAAAGCCACUGGCUUCGGUGUCCUCUCCGGCGAACAAUACGUCUACCAAGCAAACCCAGCCUCCAACUGGUCCAACAACAAAUCCGAUGCAACCUCCAUCAAAAUGUGGCGUGGCAACGGUAUCACCGCAGGCCAGUCAUGGCUCCUCCACGGCAUCACAACCGCCAACCCACCCUUCAACGCAAUGGACUUCUACGACGCAACCGAAUCCUUCACCGUCGAAGUCGCAGACUACAAGCAAGUCGGCGGCUUCUACUCCCAGACCGACGGCCUGCAAAUGUACCCCGGCAGCUACCUCCACGACAUCUUCUACCAUACCGGCGACGACACCCUCAAGGUCUACCACUCCAACGUCCGCGCCACUGGCAUCGUCGCCUGGAAAACAAACAACGCCCCCUUGAUCCAGCUCGGCUGGUACCCGCGCACAGUCUCAAAUGUCACUCUCGCUCACAUCGCCGUCAUCCACUCCCGCUACUCCUCCUCCCUCGCCUACGCGCCACGCGCCCUCAUAGGCUCCUCAUCCGCUUACUCCGACCUCCACGCCACUGACACCGCAAACACAUCCUGUUCCCUCGCAAACAUCACAAUCUCCGACCUGCGCGCCGAGGGCAUCAGCCCAGCCUUGCUCGGCCUCAACAUGCUUGCAAACCUCGACUCCUUCCUUGUCGACGGCGUCUUUAUCGAAGAAUUGCCCCCGCCCGUCACGUAUUUGGAUGUUGCGAACGUUACCGGCUUCACGGACGCAGAGGGUGAGAAGGUUGCCCUGGGCGCGGACUCGGCGGAUACGGGCGGUAUGGGCUUGACGAUAAGGGCGUUCAAGGUCGGGAAUGAGAGCGUGAGCUUUGCGAAGGGGAAUUGGGAUUUGGAUGGGCUGGGGAGGGUGAAUGUGGAUGAGAGUUAUUGGGGGAAGUGGACGAUUCUGGAUGCUGAUGAGGAUGAUGAUGGGUCUGACGAUGGCGAUGGAGAUACUGGCGAUGGUGAUGGCGAUGCGGACGACGAUGAGAGUCUGGCAUGCAGAGGGCUCAAGAAUCCACGCAUGAUGCUAGGUCCACCGGCUGCACUUGCGGUUGGCGUUGGGUACUUGGCUACGAACUAGGGAUUUUACAAAAAAAUGGAUGAUUAUGAUGACUAUGAUGAUGACGAUGAUUGGGAUUAUCAGAUUAUGGUGGGACGUUGAAGUGCUCUUUCUAUUCUACAUAGCGAGGUAUUUUGGGAUAGAAGACUGUUUGCUACUUGUUGUUGUCAUUGAGAUUGUUGUCAAUGUUAUCGUCGUUGGUGUUGCGAGGACUAGACGAGAUAUCGACACCGAAUUCAUCUGCGCGUGCACGUAUUGAUGAUUAGUAUGCAUGGGACCUCCAUAGCGAAAUCAUCGAAGUAUGCUGGACUUGUUGUAACGCUAAAUUAUAUUACAUAAAUAACACCCC